AUGUCUUUCCAACCCCAAAACGCUUCCCCGUUUGCCUCCGCCCAACGGCCUCUGGACGACAGCUACUGGCGAGCAAGUCGAAACCCUGGGGGCAACAAACUACCUGGGUAUGGGCUCUCGGGACAACCGUCGACCGUUACAGACACCCUGAAUGGCUUUCUGGGGAAUCAGCGCACGCUUCCGAUGUACAAAGACAAGCCGUACUUUGCGCCGCGGCGGACGGGCCCGAGAUUCAGACGCAAGAGAACGUUGUACGGCAGUGUUGUUCUUUUAUUACUGGGGCUCCUAUGGUGGUACCGCGAGUCGUUCGGAUACUGGAGCGGGUUUAGCCUAGGGGGUCCGGACUUGGCCAAGGGCGAGGAACUGUGGCACUGGAUGCAGAGCCUCGAUUCAGAGAGUGAAAACGAAGGCCAAGAGCCCAUUGACUGGGCAGCAAGAAGGGAAAGGGUAAGAGAUGCGUUCAUCGUCAGUUGGGAUGGCUAUGAAAAGUACGCGUGGGGCCUCGACGAGUAUUAUCCGGUGAGGAAGGGCGGCAGACAUAUGGUUCAAGGUGGUAUGGGUUGGAUCAUUGUCGAUGCCCUCGACACCUUGAUGAUCAUGAACCUCACAUCGCGAGUUCAGCAUGCCCGCAACUGGAUUCACAAUUCUUUGCACUACAAUCAAGACCAUGACGUAAACACCUUUGAGACUACGAUUCGGAUGUUGGGAGGGCUGCUCUCUGCGCAUUACCUCUCCACAAAAUAUCCAAAUUUGGCUCCUGUCAGCGAUGACGAUGCAGGAGCACCGGGGGAAGAUCUUUACAUCGAGACAGCGACCGACCUCGCCAAUCGACUACUCGGUGCAUUUGACUCGAAUAGCGGCAUUCCCUAUGCAAGUGUCAACCUCAACAAGUCAAUGGGGUUACCAUCACACGCAGAUGCCGGUGCUUCAUCAACCGCAGAGGCCACCACGGUGCAGCUCGAGUUCAAAUAUCUUGCAAAGCUGACGGGCGAAGCAGAAUACUGGAGGGCGGUUGAAAGAGUCAUGGAGGUGGUCGACGCCCAACAGGUGGAGGACGGGCUAGUCCCCAUUUACAUUGAUGCCAAUUCCGGUCACUUCAGAGGGAGCAAUAUCCGUCUCGGUAGUAGAGGAGAUUCAUACUACGAGUAUCUUAUCAAGCAAUAUCUGCAAACGUCGAAACAAGAGCCGAUUUACAAGGACAUGUGGGAUGAGGCGCUCAUGGGCGUUCGCAAGCAUCUGAUCGCGUAUACGAAAAACGCGCAGCUCACGAUCCUGGGAGAACGACCGGAUGGCCUACACAAUGCCCUUCACCCCAAGAUGGACCAUCUUGUGUGUUUCAUGCCUGGAACGAUCGCUCUCGGGGCCACUGGUGGUCAGCUACUGUCGGAGGCGAAAAAGUCGAGAGAGUGGACUCAACGGCAUGCAGAGGAAAUCCUGCUCGCCAAGGAACUGAUGAAGACGUGUUGGGCAACCUAUCUCUAUACCCAGACUGGCCUUGCCCCGGAGAUCACAUACUUUGAAGUCGACAGCCCGCCAGUGAUGAUGGGAGACCUGGCCGGCUCUACGAUGACGGAAGGCAACCGGCAACCCGACCAAGAAGAGGACCUACCUCUCAUUUCCAAACCUCUAGAGCCCGUGAAGAAGGACGGAUCAGACCACACCGCGAGUUGGCGAGACGACAUCAACAUCCACACGCAAGACCGCCACAAUCUGCAGCGUCCCGAGACCGUCGAGUCGCUCAUGUACAUGUACCGCAUCACGGGGGACGAGACCUACCGGCAGUGGGGGUGGGAGAUGUUCAAGUCCUUUGUCAAGCACACGGCCGUCGUCGAGACGGACGGACAUCAACACCCCUCGGGAUCCGAUGAAGGACAAGCAGAUGGCAGCACGACGACGACUCACCGUGCUUCCCGCAUCGUGGGCUUCACUUCCCUGUCUAACGCUGACAGCAUACCCCCCUCCAAGCGGGAUAACAUGGAGAGCUUCUGGCUAGCGGAGACGCUCAAGUAUUUCUACCUCCUUUUCUCGGACCGCGAGUUUCUCUCUCUGGAAGAAAACGUCUUCAACACGGAAGCGCAUCCGUUCCCGAAGUUCGAGCUGAAGGGGGAUCUGAAGACGGGGUGGACGAGGAAGACUCGUUCGUAG